UGUACAGUUUUGGCCUGUUGGGGACAAGUGACCAAGGAUUCGCGCUAUUUCUGAAGUACUUGUAUUGUGGUUUUCCUGGCUGUUUGCACCAUAUGUUGUCUGCGCACUGUUUGAGUGCUAUUCUAUCCAGCAUUUACACUACUUUUACACAGAGUACUUCCCCGGACCGGAGGGGUAUUUCCACUGAGUUAUUUAGUACGCUUUCGCUGAGUUCUCUGGGUUGCUCCUCGUUACGGGGCAGCACUUUGCAAUGACUCAGCCUCUCGCACUUCAAACUUCAAGCACUUCCGUAUCCGUCAGAAGCGGCCGCCGAUCCUGAAGACUCCAACGCCGAAGCGGAGCCGGCCCCCAGGUGUUUGAAGCCACAAUGGAAGGUAUCAGUUUCCGGUUCUUAGCCCAUCUCAAUCAACUCAGUGAAAACCUGGGCAGCGAUGAGCUGAAGGCAAUGAAAUUCCUUUGCCGAGAUCUGUUGCCCAGUAACCGGCUAAAUGGAGCUGAUUCUGGACAAAAACUCUUUGUCACUCUGCAGGAGAAAGGUCUUCUCGAUGAAAGUGACCCCUUCAUUGUGGCAGAGCUACUGUAUCGGACCAGACAAUUCAGGCUCCUGAAGAAGAUGAAAUAUGACAAAGACGAGGUCUGCAAGCAGCUGAAAGAAUCAGGAAAGGCCAAGAUCUCAUCAUACAGACAGUUUUUGUUCGAGAUUUCAGACGACAUUACGAUGAAGGAUUUGGACACUGUGAAACAUUUUUUACGCUUCUCACUAUCUAAAUCGAAACUGGAGAAUAUCACAACAAUGCUGGAUGCCAUCACUGAAAUGGAGAAGGAGGGAUUGCUGGAAGAAAACAAUAUGGAGCUUUUGAAGGACAUUUGCAAGGAAAUUGGGGAGGAUUUAGUGAAGAAGUUUGACUGUUACACGACAGAAGGAAGCUGGAAGGGUGAGGAAUCUGAUCCGUUGCUGGCUCCGACUCCUGAGACCGAGUGUCUGCUUGUGAAUUUGAUUCCACAGAGGCCACCAUCUGGGGAAUGGUUGAGAUCCCCCCAGAUGGAUGAACAACACAAUUCCUUGUCAACGAAACCGGCACAGCUUUCUGACACGAAGGAGCAAGAUGGUGUUGACCUCCAUGGUCCAAGUACUGAGGUGAAGUCUGAGCACCAGAUUCUGGGCACGUACAAAAUGGACAGCAACCCACGGGGCUUCUGCGUCAUAAUUAACAACAUUAACUUCAAGACAAUGCCGGAACGCAAAGGAACGCGCGUGGACGCGGAGCGGCUCGACGGCGUCUUCAGGUGGCUUGGUUUUGAAGUGGUUCUGUUCAAGAACCUCUCGGCUGCAGAGAUGAGGGACACCAUGAAUCGGUACCGGGAGACGGAUCACUCGCUGCGCGAUUGCUUUGUAUGCUGCAUCCUGACGCACGGCAAGCAGGGCGUGAUGUGCGGCACCGACGGCCAAAUGGUCGCCAUACGCGACAUCACCUCGCUCUUCUCGGGCUCGCAGUGCCCGACCCUCCGAGAGAAGCCCAAGCUCUUCUUCAUUCAGGCGUGCCAGGGCACUAAGAAACAGGACAGCGUCGGGGUGGAGGCCGCCGCUGCGGGGGCGGGGCCCAGCCUCGCGGAGGCGGGGUUUAGCACGGCGGGGGGUGGGCCCGGCCUGGCGGAGGCGGGGUCCAACGCCGCGGGGGCGGGGCCCGGGAGCACCGGAAGUGAGGUAGUUAGCGUUGAGCCGGACCCCGCGCUGGAGUCGGACGCCGUUAGCAGCGCCGUGGCCACCAUCCCCGACGAGGCGGACUUCCUCCUGGGCAUGGCGACGGUGGAGGGAUACGUCUCGUUCCGACACACUCAGCUCGGCACCUGGUACAUCCAGUCGCUGUGCGAGAAUCUGCAGAGAUACUGUGCCAGGGAGGAUCUGCUCAGUAUUCUGACCAUCGUCAACAGAGAUGUCAGUGGGAAAAAAGACAAGAAAGACAAGACUCAAAUGCCACAGCCCAGUUAUACCCUUAGGAAGAAACUUUACUUCCCUGUGACCCAAAGCUUCACCAGUUUCAUAAACUCCGCCUAGCCACUGCAGCACUGGAAGCAAGGUGGACUUUGGGUUUGCAAGUCCUGGGAACUCUUAAGGUCUCUGUGCAGAGAUGCAUUGACGGUGAAUCGGUUUGGGCUGUGUGACUCUGUCUGGAAGGUUCUUCAUCUCAUUGUCAAUGCAGGUCAUUAACUAAACAACUAGUUUUGAUCUGAACCACUGUGAAGAGAAUAUCGAUUAUGUCACCACUAGAUUGUUUUACCAUGAACGUGGCAAUAUUUCCUAUAAGAUUUUUUUUAGAAAAAAACAAUAUUAUUUGUAUUAAAAUAUUGAAGGGAUUGAGAAUUUCACUAAA